CUAUUUCCUUUAUCAUUUCCCUCACCCCAAGGGGCCGCUGGGGAGAGGAGCAAACACUAGCCCCCUCUUCCUUAGCUCCGUUCCUGGAUCCAGGCUAGCUAAAGCUGGCCUGGCCCUGGAUCAAGGAAUGGGUCAGUCAGAACCACGACAGUCGUAUUUUAAGGAUGCCGUCCGACGACGCCCGUUUGGUUCACUACGCGGAGCGCCUCCAGAAGCGCUUGUGACGGCGGUGCUUGCCGGUGUUCGCUCCCUAUUGUUGCGGCACGGGCAGCCCCUCCCCUUGGCUUCCAGUUAGGUCUGUUUGCACCAGGGAUGCUGCCCACUCCCUGCAGUUGUUGCUUCAUCGUCGACGUUUAGCAGUUUGACUCCACAGCGCGUCCCCAGUUUGCAGGAGGGAAAGGGACUUGGACUGAGCGAGAGCGGCCAGCAGCAGCUAGCGGUCUGUAUUGUCUGGCAGCGGCUGUCUGGGGUUUCAGACAAGGGCCUUUCUCAUCCCUCACUGGAGAUGUUGGAAAUUGAACCUUGGACCUUCUGCAUACAAGUUACUGAACAAUUCCUUAAAAGCUGGCAAGAAAUUAUUCUGAUGUAGAUGUGCGCAAGAUGGCACAGAGGUCUCAUAUAAGGAAUAAGGAGCUCAAAACCUCUAAUGUGUCAUUGAGAAGUCCCUAUACCAGUCCCAAUGUCAAAAGCUUUUUACCUGAAGAUAAAGCUUUAUCCAAAAAUUUCUUGAUGUGUGACCAGACUAAAUUGUUUUUUGCAAAUCGUGACAAUGGUUCGGGUGAAAGCAACCGUGGCAGCUGUAACAGGAAAAUGGUUGUAUCAGACAUGAAUGGAGGGGAUGCAACAGGAACUCCAGAAACAGUGAAUAUUUCUUGUAAUUUGCUGUCAUCCUUAGCAAAGGAAACAAAUCCUGUGUUGGGUUCUGCCUUGAUAAGUGCAAAGGAGAAAAGGUUACAGGGCUCUCCAGAGAAUGUUUUAUCAGUGGGAUGUGAAGCACAGUUGCAUAAUCGAUUAAGCCUUUUAAAUCAGCCCACUUGCCGUUUCUGUGGUCUCUUUGGCUCCUUAAGAUGUAUGCAAUGUAAGCAGGUAUACUACUGUUCACUGGAAUGUCAAAAAAAAGACUGGCAAAUGCACAGUAUUGUCUGUAGACCAGUUAAACAGAAUACAGAUAAGGUUGAAAACAAUGCAAAAUUGUUGGAUGAAAUCAAGAAAAAGGACAACUUACAAUCUGCAAAUGCUAACAAAGCAGAAGAAAAAGGCAAGAAAACAAUGUUUUCUGAUCUGAAUACAUUAGGGCUUAAAAAAAAUACAAAACUAGAGGGCACAGUGACUGAUUUCAUUAAUCCUUGUGAAUUCUACAUACAAGUCAACUCUCCAGAAGUUCUAAGUAAUCUUAACAAACUUAGUGUGAAGCUGAAAUACCAUUAUGGAGUUAGUGAAGAUGAAUAUAUUCCUGUCAAAGGGGAAGUUUGUGUGGCAAAAUAUUCAGUGGAUCAGACCUGGUAUAGAGUACUUAUAAAAGAAGUGGAUGUCCCUAAGAAGCGUGCAGAGGUGCUAUAUAUAGACUAUGGAAAUAGAGAAAGUGCACAGCUACAUCGAAUUGCACGAUUGCACAAAGAUAUUGCUCAUUUUCCACCCUGUGCCAUUAAGUGUUGUGUUGCUAAUGUCCUCCCAGCUAAAGAAGAAUGGGAUGCAAACUGCAGUAGUACUAUUGCUCCACUUCUUGUGGGAAAGUAUUGCUCCUUGACUAUUCUUGAUGUCUUGAUGGGUGAGACAACAUCUUUUACUGUAGAUGUUGUUCUACCAGGUUCUGGUAAACACUUGCAUGAAAUACUCUUGGAAAUGGGACAUGGUUUGAAUGCAAAGGAUAUGAAUGGCCGGAAGGAAAACUCAGCUACUGGUUCUACCAUGGGAAAGAUUUCCAGCCCACUUAAGACAACUGAAGAUAAAGGAUUGGUUCAUAGUAGUUGUCUAACUCCAAAAGUUAUUUCACUAUCAAUUGGACAUACAUUUUUGGGUAUGGUUGCCCAUAUACAGACACCUGGAGACUUUUUUUGUCAGCAGAUGGAAAAUGGCUGUAAACUUUCUGAGCUUCAAGUAUCCCUGCGUGAAUACUGCUACAAAAUUACUACUAACCCAGAUUUCUGUCCAGCAGUAGGAGACAUGUGCUGUGCCCAAUUUACAGAAGACGAUCAUUGGUAUCGUGCAUCAGUUUUGUCUUAUGUUUCUGAGAGAACAGUACGGGUGGGCUAUGUCGAUUAUGGGAACUUUGAAGUUCUUCAAUUAAGUAGACUUCGGCCGAUCAUUUCAAAACUAUUAGAGUUACCGGUCCAAGCUAUAAAGUGCACCCUGGCAGGUGUGAAGCCGGAAUCUGGAACCUGGUCUAUAGAAGCAACUUCUAUCAUGAAACAGCUGAUGCAAAAUAAAGUGGUCAUUAUAGAAGUAGUGGAUAAGAAGGAGAACACUUUUGUAGUAGAACUUACAGAUGGAUCAGAGACUCCAAUAAGAAACAUGUCUAAAUACCUUUUAGAGUCAGGAUAUGCGGUGGAAGAAGCUGCCGGUGCCUUGGCAGUGCUUGAAACAAAGGUUGGAACAUUGCAAGAAAUGUGUGAUCAAACACUGGAAAAAGCUUGGUCCUGGGUCACUCUGGCACCUAAACAGGUGGUAAAUGUUGUGGUGUGUGUGCUGUACAACCCCAGCGAAUUCUAUUGCCAUUUGUUAAACAGUGACGACUUGAAUGCUCUAAAAUAUCUCAAUACAUGCUUAGUAGACUAUUGCCAGAAAACUGCUCCUAGUAUUUCUAAAGUAGCUAAGGAGAAGCCAUGCUGUGCUUAUUUCUCUGGUGAUGGUAGAUGGUAUCGUGCUUUGGUAAAAGAAGCCACUUCAUCUGGAACCUUUAAAGUUCAGUUUGUGGAUUAUGGAAAUAUUGAAGAGGUUACUCUGGAUAAACUCAGACAGAUUUCAUCUACCUUUCUGAAACUUCCAUUUCAAGCGAUAAGAUGUUCUUUAUCAGGUGUAAGGCCCAUAAAUAAGGAAUGGACCGCAGAAGCUGCAGCAAUGGUUCAGAUGAUCACGGCUGGGAAGAAGCUUCAGGCCAGAGUUGUUUCGUUAACCACGAAUGGUGCUGAAGUAGAGCUUGCUGACUAUUCUUUUGGCAGUCCGAAAAUGAUAAGUGAAAUUUUAAUUAAUGAACAUCUGGCUUCAAAAAGAGAAGUGUUGUCAAAGCAGGAUUUGCUGCCAGGUAAAUUGGCAACCAGUGAUUCCCAAGAGGUGUUUACACAUGUACAGUGGAGAACAGCAGAAUUUCCAGUUAAUGAAAUGCUGGCUGUCCGGGUUAUAGAGGUGAUAAACCCUGGAUUAUUCUAUGUUGUACCAGUGAAAGUCAAAGUGGACCAGCAAAAGCUCUGCAAGCUGAUGAUUGAGCUUGCAGACUACUGUGAAUCUCAGAAUGAACAUUUAUUCAAACCAAAGGUUGGUGAAGCCUGUUGUGCCAGGUUCUCAGGUGAUGACCACUGGUACCGUGCUAUUGUUCUGGAAAUAAGUGUGUCAGAAGUGAAAGUGGCAUAUGCUGACUAUGGAAAUGUAGAAACGCUGCAGUUUUCCAGACUGCAACCUAUAACUGCCUCCUUCUUGGAACUACCUUUUCAAAUAUUUAAGUGUUCUCUUGCAGGAAUUAUGGAACUCGAUGGACAGUGGCAUGAAUCUGCUACAGUGAAGCUAAAAAAUCUCUUACUGAAUGAGCGUGUGGUGAUUACAGUGAGAGGCAUCAGUGAGAGUAUUCAUGCAGUAACUGUCAUCAGAAAUUGUGGCAGUCGUAUUUUGGAUGUAGCUGAUCAGCUUCUUGGCAAAAAUGUGACAAAAUAUAACAGUGGGAAUCAAUGUGCAAAAAAGACUGAAUGCUGCUGCACAGAGUUCAGAAAGCAAGUUGCAAAGCAUGAAGAGAUUAUCUAUUUUCUUCUAAAAGGCCACAUUGGUGAAGAUACAUUUCCUGAAAUAAAGCCAUUUGAAGGCUAAACUUGUUUCUCAUUGUCUGACGUUAUAUACUUUCAGAAUGAUACUGUUAAAAUUCUGUUUGUAGAACUUUUGAGAGCACUGACUUAGGCCUGCGCUCAUAAGCACACUUACAUGGAAAUAAGGUACACUACAAUUAGUAGGGCCUUUUAAAAAAUGUUUAAGAUUAGCAUUCCAAAUAAAUACAAGUAUAGUUGUAAACAUUAAAAUCAAUGAGAAUUUUAUACAGAAUGUAGGCUGUAGCUAGCAACAUAUUGAAAGUAUCACAAAACUGAAAUUCCAUGUUGCAGAAGAUGCAAAACAAGAAUUUUGCAGCAGCUGAAUACUAUGACAAAAGCUUUCAGAAUACAACUUUUUGAGGUACAGCUAGUAUAAUGUCAACUAAAAUCUUAGUCCUAUAUUGUAUUUUAGAGCAUAAUGCUAACCUUCAGAGAAGGUUCAGGGCAGCAUUCCAUUUUCCUCUAAUCAGUGUAACUAAUUGCCUUUUACCAGUAUUUAUGUUACGAUUAGGUGCCUCAGUAUUUAUAUUUUCAGCAGAACUUAAGAGCUAUGAUGCCUUCUGGGUACAGGUGACUGUACUUCAUGCAGUGGCAAGUGACCUGUACCCCAAAGGCAAUUUAAUCUUAACUAUUCUGCUUUUUCUUUUGUUUCAUUAAAAAGAAAUGAAUGCUGUAAAUAUUUGGUUUAAAACUGUCUGGAUACCUCCCAGUGUAUUUAGUCUAACUUGGAAUUUGACAUGGCUACUUUCUGUAAUGGUGAGAUAUUUUGGACUCUUCAAAUGAAAAUAUUGAAAUUUUAUUUAGUUGCCAUAGUGAAUGUUACUUUUACGUUUUCUGAUGUUUGUUUGCUUUUUAAAAUGUAACUGCAUUUAUUCUCUUGUUGACCCAAGCAAGGUUUAUUCUUGAAGUUAAAUAUAUAUCUUUCUGUAACUAAUAGAAUUUGGCUCUCAGAAAUGUAA